AUGGUGUUAUUAACUGGAUUUUACUUAUUUACUGACAACAAGAGAAUUCUACUAUCGUCACUUCUAAUUAUUUCAUCGAACGACGAGAAUCCUUUGAGAGAUCUUAAGCAUCCUUUGUUCAUCUACAUCGCAUUUAUCUUGACCAUUUUUGGAAUGAUUAUUGUUUCAACAUCAUUUUUAGGAUAUUGGACAUCCAUGAUAAAUAAUUAUUGUCUUCUUUCGAUUUACUUCAUUUUGAUAUUAGCUUUAUUAAUAUUAAAGUUCAGUGUAUGUGUUGUGAUAACGAUAUGGCCACAAUGCUUAGGUUUGAAGUUGAACACAACGGAAAUGGUAAAACUUUUACAGAAAACAUAUGGAGUUCCCGGUUACGAGCAGGUUACUGUAUCAUGGGAUUAUGCACAAACAAAUUUUGACUGUUGUGGAGUUAAUGACAGUUUGAAUUACGAUUUUUCCUUAUGGCGACUUCAAAAAUUUGGGAAAAAGGAAUUGACAGUUCCAAUGACUUGCUGCAAAUUAAUAAAUAAAUUCGAAAAACUUUCCUAUCUUGAUCCAAUGCCAAUAAAUCAAACAUCAUGUCAAUCAUUAGAACCGCAAGAGUUUACUAAAACUCGUCAUCUCAAGGGAUGUUUGGAUGAAAUUGAAUAUUGGUACCGUGAACAUUACAUAAUUCUUCUUUUUGCUGGGCUUAUUCUUGCCCUUGUAGAAUUUUUCGUUCUUUUAUUUGUCGUAUUAACAUGCACACAGAUGAAGCAAAAACAAAUAACCAAACACAUUUCUCCUAUUAAUCAAUUUAAUGAUGAACAUUUAAGUACCAGAUCAGAUUCAUUUUUAAGAAACCCUGUGAGUGAAAAUAUUUAUCACGCUGAUCUCAUAUCACCAUCUCCCGAAAUAAGUGGAUUCUUUCGCCCAGGAUAUCGCGCGUUUUCGGUAUCAUCAAGAUUAUGUCAAGAAAGCCGUGAGCCUUGGUUUGGCUUAUCUGAUGAACAGCGUGAAAUGCAAUCAGUUGCGAGAAAAUUCGCAAGGGAGGAAAUUGCACCAGUAGCUGCAAAGCAUGAUAAAACCGGAGAAUAUCCAUGGGAUUUAGUCAAGAAAGCGUGGGAAUUGGGAUUAAUUAAUAAUCAUAUACCAGCUGAUGUUGGUGGCAUGGAUAUGUCCGUCUUAACAAGUUGCAUAAUAGCAGAAGAAAUGGCGUGGGGGUGUACUGGCAUCCAGACAGCGCUUGAAGCUACAGGACUUGGUCAAACACCUGUCAUUAUUAGUGGAAACGCAGAACAGAAGAAGAAAUAUUUAGGACGACUCUUGGAAGAACCUCUCGUUGCAGCUUAUUGCGUAACUGAACCACAGGCUGGGUCUGAUGUAAAUGGCGUCAAAACUCGAGCAGUCAAAAAAGGAGACGAAUACAUUUUGAAUGGACAAAAAAUGUGGAUCACUAAUGGUGGUGUUGCAAACUGGUACUUUGUUCUUGCAAGAACAUCCGAAGAUCCAAAAGCUCCAGCAUCAAAGGCGUUUACUGGUUUCAUUGUUGAAAAAGAUUGGCCUGGUGUAACACCCGGAAGAAAGGAACAGAACAUGGGACAGAGAGCAAGUGACACAAGAGGAAUUACAUUUGAGGAUGUGAGAAUUCCAAAAGAAAAUGUGCUUGUUGCUGAAGGCCAAGGUUUUAAAAUUGCUAUGGGAACAUUUGACAAGACACGUCCACCUGUUGCAGCGGGAGCAACAGGAUUAGCACAAAGAUGCUUAGACGAAGCUCUCAAGUAUUCACUUGAAAGGAAGACUUUUGGUGUUCCAAUUGCAUACCAUCAAGCCAUCCAAUUCAUGCUUGCAGAUAUGGCUAUAGGAGUUGAAACUGCACGUUUAAGUUAUUGGCGCUCCGCUUGGGAAGUAGAUCAAGGUCGUCGUAAUUCUUACGAAGCUUCCAUAAGCAAAUGUUAUGCUUCCGAUAUUGCAAAUAAAAUUGCUUCUGAUGCAGUUCAAAUUUUCGGUGGCAAUGGAUUCAAUUCCGAAUAUCCAGUAGAAAAGCUUAUGAGAGAUGCGAAAAUUUAUCAAAUUUAUGAAGGAACCAGUCAAAUUCAACGCCUCAUCAUCUCAAGAAAUAUGUUUGAAAGAGCUAAGGAAAUGAAUUAAAUAAUUAUUUUGAAAUUCUUAAAUUCUUGGUUGAGGGCUUGAGUAAAAUUAAUUAAAGAAAAAGAAGCGAAAUGUACCUAUAAAAGAAAAGUUGAAUAAAUCUUUUUUAAUGAUCUUUUAAACUAA